AUGACUCUCGCGGCUAUCGGCCAGAUCUGCUCAACUGCGUCAAUCAAGGGAAACCUAGAGCAGUGUGUGAGGCUAGUGGGGAAAGCAGCCCGAGGAGGGGCAAAGGUCCUGUUUCUGCCCGAAGCCUCAGACUACAUCGCCACCGACGCUCAGGCCUCGCGAGACCUCGCCGUCGCCCAGUCCUUGUCUCCCUUCGUGCUCGGACUGCAGCAGGCGGCCAAGACAAAUGGGGUCGCGAUCCACGUCGGCAUCCACCAUCGGCCAGUUCCUGCGCAGGUGCCGGAUGAGAAGGAGGAGGAUUCCAAGGCGGCCGGCCGAAUCCUGAACCGGGCCAUCUACAUCGCAGCUGAUGGGAGCAUCGAUGACGGCAACACGUACGACAAACUCCACGUCUUCGACUACGGAUCGCUCAGGGAGAGCGCCACCGUGCAGCCGGGAGCCAGGCUGACAGCCCCGUUCGACUCGCCGGUCGGCCGCAUCGGGAGCCUGAUCUGCUUCGAUCUGCGAUUCCCCGAGGCGUCGCUAUCCCUUGCCCAGCCAGGGCCCUCGAGCCGCUGGCACGGACGCCCCGCGCAGCUGCUCACAUACCCGAGCGCCUUCACCCUGCGGACGGGCGAGGCGCACUGGGAGACGCUGCUGCGGGCGCGCGCCGUCGAGACGCAGAGCUGGGUCGUGGCCGCGGCGCAGGUCGGGAGGCACAAUCCCAAGCGGGCGAGCUAUGGACGGAGCAUCGCCGUCGACCCCUGGGGCAAGGUAGCGGUGCGGCUGAAGGGUGUGACGGAUGCGGAGGGGAGCGCGGAGGAGGGCGCGGUCGAGGAGAUUGGCUUCUUUGACGUGGACCUGGGCGAGGUUGACCGAGUAAGGAGAGAGAUGCCGCUGCUCCGAAGGAUGUGA